AUACAGGGGGGGGUGGGGGUUCUGGGGCCCGACCAUAUUUCCGAAUGCCACCUAUGUAUAUUUUAUAUAUAUUUAACCUUUAUUAACACUUGCACUUGAAGAAACCUUGUCUGACCUUGAAGAGAUUACUGUUCCCUGAAGUGAUGCCCUUAUACAAGCACUAUAUGCAAGACCUCAUAGUAGGAGACAGUUCACUUUCACAACCCGAGUUCCUUUGCACCACCAAGAGACUGGCAUCUCUCGGAUGAACCAUUCGACACGUAGAUUCAGUUAAACACGUUGGGGAGAUAUAUGUAUUUUGUGCGUAUUACAUUGUGCAAAUGCACAUCAAUGGAAAAAGCCAUGUAACGCCUUGUGAAAGUUUAAUACACAAGGAUACAAUCAAGAAAUCAUUCCUUGCACCAAAUGCGAUUGCACACACAACACAAUUGCUUCUCGGUUGGAUCUCUCUUUUUUUUUAAUUGCCUCUCAAGUUCGGAGUGUGACCCUUACACAGGAGCAGCCCUUACACAAAUUUAUACGGUAAGGAUUUUCCUUUGUGUAACUGUCCUAUACUUUGCUAUCGCUAACACGGCUUCGCCUUUCUGGCAAAACUGCGGCCUAGCAAUUUUUUUUUUUUUUUUACUGUGAGUCUGGAGUAUAAGCACUGCUGCGCAUUACUGCGAUUGAUUCUUAUUUCGAGUAUAUCCUGCUUGGCUUCAAUGUUUCCAUCCAUUGUAAAUUAGAAAGGUUUUUCUUCUUUUUUCUUGCUUUUUUUCCCCCCACGAGUGGCUAUAGCAUUGCCUACUGGAAACAGAAGCACUAUUCAUACCAUUCAUGUGCAUUUCAUAUAUGCCGUUGAUAAAAGACUCUGCGGAAAGGGUCACCGAAGUCUGCAAAUUUCUUUCUUUUUUCAGGGUCAAAAACCAUGCAAAUCAAUUUGAAGCAAGGUGAACACACAGCAACAUAUAUUUAUUCUCUAGGCAUAGGCUAUCCAUACCAUUAGAAAUAAUUGUUAGUUGGCUACCUCCCUCUCUUUCAAAAAUAUAAUAAACUUUGUCCUGUAUAUAUAGUGUUAAUUCACAGUGGAAAUUUUAAAAAGAUUGAAGAAGAAAUAUGGAUGAGGUAUACCCACUGCUGGUGCUUCUUGUCUGAUAUUCAGGAUUUUCAGAAAGAAAGCGAAAGUACAAAUUAAAAAAAGCCGCGGACCUCCGCAUGCACGUACUAGCAAAGAUGCAAUAUGCAUCUAGCCACAAUAAAAUUUGAAGUGAAAAGGUAGAGGCCACUCAAAAGAAACCUUAAAUGAUGUGCGUAUAUAUUGACACUCUAGGAGAGAGGGGGAGCUUCGAUAUUGCCGGAGAUUGAUGAGGGGGGCUCCCUCCACCGCAGUCGGCAUGUUAGUAUUGCGAUAGAGUAAUAGGUGCUGUUGAAAGGUGAAAUUAAACAGUUUAAAAUGAAUACAAAAAUAGCCAGAAUAAUUCAUAAUCAUUCAUGUGUAAUUUUUUUUAUAUUUCUUCUUUUUUUGUCUUGUUUCUUUCCUGUGCAUGUGCGCAUACAUGUGUGUGUGCGUGAAAACUGUCUUCAAAAAGGACAAUAGCCGCUAGCCCAUUCCCGCAGUUUAAAGGCAAAAUCGAUGCAGUGCAGGUACAUUCUGCUCAAGAUUGCAGUGGUCGAGGCUAAGCCCAUAAAUAUGUGCAUGAGUUGCGCACUCAUUUCCCCACGUCUUCUGGCUUUUGUGGUCUAGAGCACAUACAGGUUGAGAGGUGCCGCGGGAACUCGGAAUAAAGCUAUCAUCAGAUUGAAGUGAAUUCGUUAUAACGAGGUAUUUACAGCGUGUGCCGCAAGGGCCAUGGUGCGUCCAUGCCGUUUGGGCAGUCGUUUACGGCGUAAUUUUUGUCCAACAAUUGCACCAAGUACAAGGAAGAAGCCAAAGUUGGGAAAGCAGCCGCAGGGAGCGACAAUCAAAACGAACAACUCUGGGCCGUCCAGCCGGUCAUCGAGGCGCUGGCCUGGCAGGGACCCAGUGAGCCGGCAACGGCGAGCGGGGACCCAGGGCGCGCGGCAGGCGUUCAGAAGACGACGUAGGACCCGUACGUCCGGAGCGCGCGCGCCAGCGCAAGUUUUACUGCAGGCUCAAAUAAACGUUUUACCAAUACAAUGUCCAACAUAACUAGACAUGGCGAAAAUCGUGGAAGUGCCGGGGUCGUGCUGCGCGCAACUGCUUGAAGUUCACUAUUGUGGAAGGCACCGUUAGCCAUGAGCCCUUAAUUUCGGUUUCGUUUGUUACCGUUGGGAAUGAGGUUGUAAUCAAGGCACUAAAAUCCAAUCCAAAAAGUUAGUUACGCAUUUUCUUUUCACUGAGAUUGUGUGCUAUAGAUAAAUAAUUUAGGCAUUAACAAAUUUUGUUUGAAUAUGAGACGUUCGCACGUUGUUACUUGUGUUCUAAUAAAAUUACUUUAUGGUUUGACUUUACUGCGUUCCUGCAAUGAUACACAGGCUAAUGGCGUCCAUGCAUUAUCACCGCUGCGUACUCCGCUAUCGUCACGCUGGUGGCUGUACCCGGCUCAGCUGAGCAAUGUGACACGCUGUUUGCGCGUGUGAGAGAAAAAAAGACUCAUCGCAGAGCGGUUCGUGAGUUCGAUGAGCGGCAGCCGCUGGUUCGUCAGCAAGUCCAAGGAGUCCCGCCGCGAGCGGACUCGGACCUCGCACAACCACGGCGACGAACGCCGCGAUGACUACGUCUCGUCUCACCAUCGCCGCGGCUCCGAGCGCGCGUCGGAACGUUCGCGCGCAUCCCACCACGGCGCCGCCGCCAGCAGCCCCGACCGCAAGGACAACUCCCGGCCGUCAGCGGCCAAGAACUCCGAAGGCGGUGGUGGCCACGGUCAACUCGUGUUUCGGCGCCAGGACCGCGUCAAAGUCAAGCAACGUACGCCCGAUGGUUCACCUCGGCGCGACGAACACAAACCCGCUUCUUCCGCGCCUUCCAAGUCGCGUGGCCGAGGAGAUUCCAAGAAACCAUCAGGGGACGACGACCUGUGGGGCGCCCUGGGUCACGUGUACAGCGAGGUUCCGGCAUGGGCGCUGCGGGAGGCCCGCGAGCGCCUGACCCCAGCCUGGGUGGCCAAGCACCAGAGCUACCUGCGCCGUGUGCUCGAGGAGGCCCUGAAGCGUACCCGGCUGCCCCACGAUGCUCGCAACGAGCUGGCCGCCUGUCUGUCUGCCUAUGGCACCUUGCUCGGCGAGAGGGCCAAGGAGUUUGUGGACUGGCUACUAAAUGUAUAUGACACAAGCAUCCCGGAUGAGUCCCGUAUCUGCCUGCUGAAAGCAUUGUUGGAGGUGCUGAAAGGGAAUCCCCAAGUUGCUGCUGAGGUUCUGCAGACGAUGAUGGGUCGUGCCCAGUCUAUGCUCGAGUCAGCUGAGGACUGCGAGCUGCUGCUCUCGGCAUGCGCGCUGUCUCUGUGGGCCGCGGAACAGGACCCUGAGGCCUUUGCUGCGUCUUACUUCCACGACGCCGUUGACAUCCUUGUUGGGUGGCACAUUGACGCCCCGUCGGAAUCCCUGGCUCGGCGCACGGGCGAGGCUCUGGAGCAGCUUGGUCCCUUCUGGGCCGCCGAUCCAAACUUCUGUGCCACUCUGCUGGGGCAGUUUGUCGAGGACCUGGAGGCCUAUGCCGAGGAUCUUGCCAAUCGCAAGUUCAAGAUGACGUACCGGCAGCCCCGCCCUGCCUUUUUGUGCGAGGACCCCAAUGAGUGCCUGGACAGGAUGGCUUCCCUGCUGCGCGUCUACGGAACGGUGGUGCACAGCCUUGGAGACCAGGCAGUCCAGGUUGUGACCUGGGAACUGCUCAGCGAGAACCUCCAUGGAAUGGCCAACUGUGUCCUGCAGGCAACCGAGUUUGCACCCAGGAACUCUCUUCUUGUCUCAGCCAACCAGACGGUGGUGCUGCUGUGCAACCUGACGGGUCAGUGUCCCUCGUCCCUGGUGGACCUGCUGCACCUGCAGGCGCAGCUGGUGCUCUCCGAGGCACACACCCUGUCCCUGCUGCGCCUGCUUGGAUCCCUCGUGCAGCAUUUGGGUGCACAGAUUCCACUGCCGCUGGUAUCGCUGGCCUUCGAGAGCCGCUGGCGUCGCAGCCCACGGGCCCGGGUGCAGGCGCAGCUGCUGUCGGUGCAGCACGCCAUGCUGAAGCUGAAGAGCGUGGCCAUCGUGGAGGAGGCCUACCGAUGCCUGGUGCAGAGCCUGGACGCGACGGGCAUGGCGGCCACGGCCCUGGCACCCCUGUGCUCUCUCAGCCAGGUGGCCAACGCCCGGCACUCCAUCAUUGGGAUGUGGGCCCUGAAGCCGGCCUUCUUCGACCUCCUGCUCGAGUACCUGACACCCAUCAGUGAUGGCUGGCACGGGUCGCCCAGCACCCAGUAUGCCAUGCUGUACCUGCUGCACUCUCAUAGCCAGAGGCACGGCCACUUCAUAUCGUCCAGCACCCUCCUGAUCCACGGUGACGACCUGGGUGUGCCGCGGAGCGUGUACCUCUCGCGAAUACUCACCCUCCUCGCCAGCGUUCUCACCUCGACCACUGUGCCCGACGACGUCAGGCGCCUGUGCCAGCACUGGUCCCUGCAGCUGGUCGAAUGCCUGCAGCUCCACAUGCCCCACCUGGCACAUUCGACCGAGUUCCUGGGACUCGUCGAUGCUACCAUCGACUGCGGCUACAGCAAUGACACCGAGGCAACCUUGAGGGCUUGCCAAAUCCUUCAGCGGGUUGUGGACACUGUCAGCACCCUGCUUCCCAGAGACAUUCUGCAGAGAUGCUACAACCUGUGUGUGGUGAAGGCUGGCAGUGCUGUACCAUCCGAAAGGUCAAAGUUCAUCGCCCUCAUGACCCUGCUGCCUGUUGACCUCCUCACAAGUGAGGCGCUGCUAAGUUCACCGGAGCUGCAGGAGCAGGCAUUGCAGCGCACGGCCAUCUUGUCUGCUCCUGGCACCACCCUGACCGUGCAGGGUUUCCGCACGGUCAUGUCCGCCUUGCUGCUACCGCCACCUGGUGGGGGCAACAUUGAUGCCUGCGAGCUCCGCCUGGAGCGCCUGGCGCCAGCAGGCCUGGCAUCGGGUCGUCAUGCAGGCGCCCUCUGGUGCUGGGCCCUGUGGGAGUGUGCGCAGACGUGCGUGCAGCAGAAGCUGCGAACAGCGCUGGGCAAGCCCCAGGAGACGUUCACCUCGGUCGAAGGAGCCCUCAAGGCCCUGCUGGCAGAGCCUUCACCCACGGGCAUCCCAUCGCUCAAGAGGGCGCAGCUGCUACUGGACUUCCUGGAGCAGCUGGACAAGUGUAUGUACAACGCGUACGAGGGCAGUGCGGGCAGCCUGCCCGCGGCCCCUAAGGCGGUGCGCACCUUCUUCCGCACCAACCGGGCCACCUGCCUCGAGUGGCUGGCCCGGGUGCGACCCCGGGCCGUGCGCCUCGCCCUGCGUGCGGGUCGCCCUGCCGAGGCCCUGCGUCACACGGGGGCCCUGGCUGCUACUGCACCUCAGGGCCUGGGAGCAGUGGUGCGCGACACGGCCACCUCACUGGUGCAGCUGCACUGCCCUGAGGCCAUCUGGGGCCUGUAUGCCUGGGGAAAGGAGAUCCUCGGACAGCGCCUGCCUUGGCUGCGAGCGGCUGCUGCUCACGCUGCCGGCAGAUAUGAGUCUGCUGCUGAAGAGUAUGCAGCCAUCCUCAAGGACGACGCACAGGCAUCGAAGGAGACCCGUCCGUUCUUGCUCAACCAGAUCCUGGACUGCCACAUGAAAUUGGCUGACUGGGACGAAGCGCUCAAGUGGGCCGAAGAUCCUCAUCACACACCAGUAAAUGGCUGCAUCAACAAGCUCAGUAGCCGCACGUCCUCCAUUGCCCAGCACAUCAGGUCGCUGCUGAGCACUGACCCUGUUGAGAGCCCCGCCUGCCCCCGAGACGUGUGGGACGCCGAACAGCAGUUGCUGUUGGCCCAGCACCGGGCCACAAUGCCCGGCUGCUGCCGUGACAUCAACGCGUCGGAGGAGUCCGCUGCCGCACUGCUGCAGCUGUGCGCAAUCCAGUGGCCGCCCCAGGUGGACCCCGCCUUGCUGGCCCUGGUGCGCCGGGUGCCUCCGGUGAUUGGCGAGCCCCUGUCGCCCGCACAGCACGACUGCAGCGCCAUCAGCGAGGCCCUCACUUGGAGCCACGCUGAGCCCAUCGAAGGGUUCCUGCUGGCGGGAGCUCGUCUUGCCCGCAAGCAGCACAACUUGCGAUUGGCCGAACGGUGGCUCCUGCGGGAGGCCGGUGGGGACGAAGAGGGCUCCACGCUGACCACGCUGGCCGACGAGGGUGCCCCCCUGGCUGUGCUGAGGGAGGCUGCCAAGCUGCUGCACGCCCGAGGAGAGCUGGCCGAGGGGGCCAGGAUCAUGGCACGGGUGGCCUGGACGCACGCCACCAGCCUCGAAGACUCUGAGCUCGUCGCCAGGUCCUUGCUGACAUUGGCCAAGUGGUUGCAAGCGGAGCCGCCAACUGUCGAGCCCCUGCUCGGGGACGGACUGCGCAAUGGCCGCGUCGAUGGCUUGGCGGCCGCCUUCUCGUGCAGCUACUCGCUGUCUGGCCAGCAGCGCAACUGCUCUGCGCCUCCUCCGCAGCUGCAGCCACUGGACGGCCUGCUGAGCAGUUCGGAGGUCUCCAUGGGAUCGCUGCUGCGGCACAGCCUGUCCCUCUGCCCAACGCUGCCCAAGGCGUGGGCCACCUAUGCGGGAUGGUGCUACCGUUGGGGGCGCAAGGUCAUCGACGCACCCAGUGAUGGCAAGCUGAACAUCUCAACAAAGGACAACGACCUGGCAUACCUUCUUCCCGAUUCACUGACAGAUGAGGAGAAGAGUGCUGCCAAGCGCAUCCUCAUGAGAGUCCAGGCCUUUCCCGAGUCUGACUGCCGCACUGACGUGGCCCGUAUGGCUUGGUCGGACCUGCGGCAGGAGCUGGAGGCAGUCUGCCCCCGUCUGGACUCUCGGACUCUGGACUCGUUGCUGAAGUCACGUGCAGUGGUGCUGGGCCGGGCCUUCCACUAUUACCGUUCGGCUGCCUCCGCCUACUUCAAGUACCUCCAGCUGCAGCAGCAGCAGGAUGAAGACACCAACGUGACAGCCACCCUCCGUCUCUUGCGCCUGGUGGUGAAGCAUGCCUCCGAGCUCCGCGGCGAGCUCGAGGAAGGGCUGACGGGCACGCCGACUGCGCCCUGGCGUGGCAUCAUCCCGCAGCUGUUCUCACGCCUUAACCACCCGGAGGCCUACGUCCGCAGGAGCAUCCAGAAGCUGCUCUCCCGGCUCGCACGGGACUAUCCUCACUUGAUCGUGUUCCCCGCUGUCGUGGGGGCACUGCCAGAGCCCCCUGGUGGCAUUGGCGGAACCAGCGCUCUUUUUGGUGGAGCCACAGCAACUCCGAGCAGCGACACAACAGAAGAUGAAGGAACAACGUCUGCACUGAUGAGGGAGAGCUACGUUGCCCUUGUCGACACUCUGGCAGCAGACGACGCACAGACCAUCACCCAGGUCCGGCUGCUGGUGGGUGAGCUGCGACGUAUCACCCUACUCUGGGACGAGCUCUGGGUGGGGGCGCUCAACGUGCACAGCGGGGAGGCCCACCGGCGCAUCCGCACCCUCGAGGAGGAGGUAGGGAGGGUGCGCGCCAACACGGGCCUCAGCGCUGCCCAGAAGGACACCCUGAUCCGAGACAAGCACGCCCUCUUCCUGUGCCCCACGCUGCGCCUGCUGGAGCAGCUGCAGUCGGUGGUGACGUCCCGGGAACCCGAGACCCCGCACGAGGUGUGGUUCAGCGAGACGCUGGGACCUCUCAUAACCGAGACGCUGGCGACCCUGCGCAACCCGCACGACCCCUGGCGGCCCCAGGCCAGCUGGGCGGCCCUGAGGCGCCUGCACCUGCGCCUGCAGCGGCGCCCCCACGAGGAGGGGCCCCAGCUGCUCAUGGAGCGGGUGUCGCCGGCACUCGCAGCGCUCAAGAACUCGCGGGUACCUAUGCCAGGAUGUUCUGGGAAUGUCCGCAUAGCAGCUGUCCAGUCGUCCAUAGCUGUGCUGCCCACAAAAACCAAGCCCAAGAAGUUGAGCUUCCAGGGCUCGGACGGCCAGCGAUACACGUUCCUCUUCAAGGGUAUGGAGGACCUGCACCUGGACGAGCGCAUCAUGCAGCUGCUGAGCAUCUGCAACAGCCUGCUGGCACGGGGGGCCACGGGGGCCAGCGCCCCGAGGGCCCGCCACUACGCGGUCACCCCCCUGGGCUCCCGUUCGGGGCUCAUCCAGUGGCUGGACGGGGUGACCCCGCUGUUCGCCCUCUACAAGCGCUGGCAGCAGCGUGAGGCCGCUUCUGUGCUGAGACCCUCGGAGCUGUUCUACGGCAAACUGACACCGCUGCUCAAGGAGCAGGGCAUCACAAACUUGGACAAUCGCCGGGAGUGGCCAGUGGGCGUCCUGGUGAGCACGCUUCAGGCGCUCAUGGCCGAGACUCCCAAGGACCUGGUGGCCCGGGAGCUGUGGUGUGCGGCAGCCAGCGCCCCGCACUGGUGGCGCGUCACCUGCGCCUUCAACCGUUCAACGGCCGUCAUGUCCACCGUCGGAUAUGUCAUCGGCCUCGGUGACCGACAUCUGGACAACAUGCUGCUCGACUUGCGCACCGGAGAGGUGGUGCACAUCGACUACAAUGUGUGCUUUGAGAAAGGCAAAAACCUGAGAGUCCCCGAGAAGGUGCCCUUCCGCAUGACCCCCAACAUCGAGGCUGCACUCGGGGUCACCGGGGUCGAGGGACAGUUCCGCCUUGCCUGCGAGCAGGUGCUGAAGGUCUUGCGUCGUGGUCGAGAGACCCUGCUGACCCUGUUGGAGGCCUUUGUGUACGACCCGCUCGUCGACUGGGACAGCAACACCGGCGUGUGCUCCCCCGCGUCGCGCCUGGAGCGGGACAUGGCGAGCGCCCUGCUGGCCAUCCGCAUCCGGGAGACGGCCCAGCCCUGGGCGCACAACCGCAGGCUGCUGGCCGACGCGCUGGACAAGACGGCCGGGCUGCUCCGCGAUUGGCAGCAGGCACAGGGUUGUGUGCAUGCGGCGGAGCAGAGCCUGGGCGAGGCGUGUGCCCAGCAGACGAUCCUGGAAGAGGCCCUGGCGUCCGAGGGCAAGGACCACCCGCUCUUCUCGCUGCCCGCACGCUACCGCGAGUGGGCGCUCGUCCAGGGGGCGCGGGACUCGGCACUGCGGGCACUGCUGGAAAAGCUUGAAGAGUGUCGCCGCUGGAGUGCAUUGCAGACGGCAGCCAUGUCAGCACUGUCAUCGGGAACGCCUCCCGACAGGUGGCGCCAGGUGUUGACCUCUGAGCCCGCCCUCGAGUCUGUAGGGUCGCUGGCACCCCUGGUGGAGUUCCUGCAAAGCUCGGGGCAGCUUCAGUUGCUCCAGCAGUGCGAGCAGAGCGAAGGUGAGCUGCUGGCCCUGGUGCAGCAGCUGCGCCAGUCACUGCAGACGGCCCUGGAGCUGCUGGGCACCUACUCGGCCAUCGUGGUGCAGGGCCCUCCGCACGGCUGGCACCAGCCCAGCCACCGACUUCAACACUGGCAGCACUGGCUCGACGGCCUGCACCAGGACUUCACCCUGGCCAAGUGUCAGGAGGUGAUAUCGGAGUUCCACCACCACUACGGCGUCGGAACGGAAGUGACAUUUGCCCAGGCAGCCCUUGCUCUGCACUACGAGCUCCAGUCCGCCGUGUCGGACUGCAACUCUCACAUCCUGUCUGUGAUGAAGCGCAAGCAAGCCGAAGGCUCCGACUACCUGCCUGAUGCUCAGGCUGCACUCAUGGCUCUUGCCCAAGAUCCGUCCCAGCAGCCUGCAGUGGUGGCUGCCCUGCUGGGCGCCCUCUGCCCCUGCGCCCAGAACCUGCUGGUCAUGGAGACUGCCGCGGCGGCCUCGGGUGAACGCCUGGCCGACCUGCAGUUCUGGGGCUCCGACUGGUUCCUGCAGGACCUGCACGUGCAGGCCGCUGUGGCGCACGAGAUGGGACAGGCCUUGAUGCAACUGGAUCCACCAGCUGAAACUGUCCAACUGUGUGUUGUGGCCGAGUCCAUCUACAAAGUGUUUGCAGCCCUGCUGGAUGUGAUGGUCCACUUCCAGACCAUCAUUCUGCCCGAGGCCCUCAAGCGAUCCAUGGAGACGAGCGUGCUGUCCCUGGUGUCCAGCAUGCACGAACCGCCCCUCGGCGGCCAGGGUGUUGGCGAGUACAUCGAGGAGCUCGUCAGGGAGCUGCACCAGAACAUGACCAACGGGGUGCAGUAUGAACCAACACCGACUCUGGAAGACAUCAAGGUUGCUUUUGAUGAUUUGAUGAAAACGGACGACACUGGACUGACACCCGGGAAGAUGCUUGUCCAGGGCUUCCAUGGCCUCUUCGCCAAGACGGCCACAGAACUGUCCAACUUCUACGCCACGCUAAGUGGCAUAGACCUCAACUGGAAGAGCGUCGACGUGGUGUGGAGUGCCUACUCGCUCUGCCCCCCACACCUGGACACGCUGGACGCCUACCUGAAGGACAUAAUGUUCCUGCGGUGCCUGCAAUGCAUGCACCAGAUCUUCUCGCCGCAGCUGCUGUCCGGCAUGGCCGAAGAACACGCCUUCCUGCCAGUCAAGCACUGCAUCGCCAGCAUCUACCGAGUUCAGAUGCUUGGCCUGCCAUCGUUUGCUCUGAGCUCGUGCCUGUGCGCCACGCUGGCACUGUCCCAAGCUGGCGACCCAAACCAGCUGCAGAUGGAUCCCCCGGCCAGCCGCACCUUGGAGUCCCUGUCGGCAGGCUGGGCGGCCAGCGGAGAGGCCCUGUCGGCCGUGGCGUCCUUGGAGGCGGCCCAGCGCCACCGUGACCUCCUGCGGCGCCUGGACCAAGCAGAGGGGGUUUUGCGAGUGCGGCUUCAGCGCUGCCAGCUGCGCUUCGCCUCCCACCACUGGCUGCACGAGGAGGCCCUACCCAACCCUGGAGGGCAGACCCUGCCUGCUAGGGCGACCCUGCUGGCCGAGAUGCGCAAGGCGGUGCAGGCGUCAGCCUCCCUGGCGGCCACCCUGUCCGAAGCCAAGGAGGCCCACCUGUCCCUGGUGGGGGCAGUCGAGCAGCGGCUCAAGUGGGCCGGAGGAGCUAACCCUGCUCUGGCCGACACACGCAACACCUUUGCCCAGCUGCUGGACCAGUGGACGGACGCUGUCCAGCUGGUGAACGACCUGUCCGUGGAAGUGUGCGAGGCCAGCGAGGCCCUGCUGCUGCGGGAAGCCCUGCGUACGCGCACCACCGAGGCCCUGGCGUGGGACUCGGGCCUGCUGGGCCUCCUCAACCGCUGCCAGGAGAGCUGCAUGCUGGCCGAGAACGCCGCCCCGCUGGCCCCUGCCGAGCAGCAGCUGCUGCAGCUGCAGGGCUCGGCACCCCUGCCCAGCGAGACCAGCGUCGAGUGGCUCCGUUCCCUCCUCGACAAGGUGGCGCUUGGUGCCUGCCGGGAACAACUGGAGCAGGCCAAGACAAGCCGAGAUACAUGCAGGGAAGCACUGCAGAGCCAGGUGUCAACAUUGCGGGCAGAUGUGUUGGGUAAGCACCACGAGCUGCUGUCCGAGCUGCGCUCGCUGCUCAAGUCGCUGGCGCGGCAGGAGGACACUACUGUGCAGGAGUAUCUUGCCACCUAUCGGCAGUUCUCUGAGCGUGCUUCUGAGCUAGUGAGGACCCUGCUGGCUCCCGAUACAACACCAAGCGACAGUGCCCAGGAGGCACUCUCCGAACUCAUUGCCAUGGUUCCUCGGGUCUACGAUGGGCUCACGGAGCUUGCCAAUGCUCAGGAUGGCCUUGACCAGCCAAAGAACGCAACUGUCGGCAAGAGUGUGGAGCAGACACCAGAUCGGAAAGUGACCAAGGACCCCAGGACAGGAAAAGCUCUGCAGGAACGCAACAGCUAUGCGGUGGGAGUGUGGCGGAGGGUGAAGAUGAAGUUGGACGGUCGUGACCCCGACAGCAGCAAGCGCUCCAGCGUUGCCGAGCAGGUGGAUUAUAUAAUCAGUGAGGCAACGCGCCUGGAAAACUUGGCACUGCUGUACGAAGGCUGGACGCCUUGGGUGUGAUCCGCCACCGGCAUCAGCCCCCCCUGGGAGUGGGGGGUAACUGGAUUCCUGGCUCCAGCAGACAACGCGGGACAGCAGACGACGACAACGAUGGCACCCGAGAUCAACAGCAAACGCAAGGCAGCCCCAUCCGCAAAAACCCCGGCUGGGGAAAAAGCAAAAAAAAAACAUGGGUUGAGGGAGAGGAGGUCCCAACGCGUGCGCCUCGCAGUAAUGUCGUCGCCACGGCAACAACCGCCAAACCCCCACGUCGACUCUUAAGCAGAACGCUCUCCUCAAGUCUCUCUCUGUAUGACAAGCGACCGCCGCGGGGAAACGAACGGACUCCGGGGCUGCCAGCACGCCCCAGCUAAUGACUGCAGCAGCCAUCUUCCUGUCCUCCUCCCUGUGAGCCUCCCUCUUUCAGUCGGCCGCACCCAGGGAGCACAUAAGACAACCAUUGCACCAAACUCUAGCAGAUGGCUGCCCCUCCAGCAAACGGCACUUGCUGCCAAGCCUGGCUUGAAAAGAGCACAAAUGGUGCUGACACGAGGUUACGCACUCGUGCUUUCUGCGUCUGCUCUGGGGUUUUUCUGAGGAGGGAGCGUCAUCAGUGGCCAUCGGUGUGUGGCACUACUGCCUGUGCUCCGGGAGGGGGAAGGACUCUUUCAAAGAUGGUGCAACCUGGUGUUUGUUUCAAUUUUGACACCGCUAGUGGGAGUUGCCCUUUGAGUGUGAAAGGCUGCGGAUUUCCUUUGGCAAGAGGAAACCGAAGCAGAGAAAUAAGCAGCAGCUUGUAGCCUAUGCUCUUAUGCUGUUUUCCGGCAAGUGUACGACAAACAUGCUGUGUGCUUCUGACCCUUUCUUUUUAUUUUCGUUAUCUUUUCUGGCCUGUUUUCAACCCUUGCCUAUUUGGUUUGAACUUGUUGCAACCCCUGCUAGCAAUGUUGUUUCUCUCCUAGUUUUGUGUGUGCCUCUUUAUUGUAGACGCGUGAAGUUUUUGUUAUUCCUUGUGCUGGAAGUGUGUGUCAGAAGGUCAGGUGGACACUGGUUAACGCAGAGACUUGGAGAGUCAUUCACGUAGCUUGCAUUCUAACGUGUACUUUUUUUAUGUCUGUUCUAACUUAAGCACAUUUCUUGAACUGCCAUAUCACUUUUUUUUGUGGGGGGGAAGGGGGGCAGGUUUAAAAUAACAGUUCACAGUUUUGCCAAAUUGGGUAAAGAUAUACUUUUCCAUCCUCAUUGUUUCGAACGUGUCUUCCUGGUUUUCUUGAUUUUCGUGGGCUCACUUCAUUUUUCCCCUGUGUAACAGAAUGCAUCAAUAAAAGCCAUCAGUAUCAAA